AUGGUCUACUACAACAUUUUCAUAAUUAUGGUACUACUGAGAGGUAUUGGUGGGUGCUCGUCAAAAGCAAAAAUUAACAGAGAUCUUAAAUUGACAAAAGGCGAAAAUUUUCCUUAUCAUGUGUUUAUUACCGGAAGCUCUGGUCGUAUGUGCAAUGGGGUUCUAAUUUCUAAAACUUUUGUUUUGACGACUGCUAGUUGUUUAAAAGACAAGAAAAAUAUUAACUACUUCAUUUUUGCUGACAAGACCCCUUAUAAUGGAUUAGUGGAGAGCUUCCAAAAAAUUCCAGUAAAAAACGUUACCGUUCAUAAUGAUUACAGAAAUGAAGAACCAUUUCCAAAACACGAUAUUGCUCUGCUACAACUAAACAGUUCGGUCAGAGUAUCGGAAUGGGCCUACCCAGGUGGAAUGAAAAUAUUCAAAUAG